AUGGAAUCCCCAGACUGCAAACGAGCGAUAAGCACACCAUCAUCUCGCCCACUGUCUAACCAAAGGCCUAAGACAUACCACCUAUUGUACAUCCACGGCGGCUGCUGGGGCGACCCUGCCAUCAACGUGACCAAAGCCCUUCAACCCACCGUUGCCCACCUCUCCUCUGCCUACCCAGUCACUCUCUCCCAAGUCGGCGGACUCGCAAGCAUUGACUACCGUCUUUCACCCUACCCAGAUCACCCGACCGACCCCAGCGGCGACGACCCCGACCGCAACGUUAGACACCCGCAACACAUGCACGACGUCGUCCAGGCCAUUCAGAAACUCCAGCGCGAAUACAACAUUAAGCGCUGGAUCGGCGUCGGCCACUCGUGCGGCGCAUCCAUACUCUGCCAUAUCCUCGGCCAACUGAGCCUCGACGCCUCGCACACCAUCAUCAGGCCAGAAGCCCUCAUAUUGAUCUCGGGCAUCUACGACCUCAAAGGCUUGCUCCAGUACCGCUUCCCGCCCGCGUUUCCACAAGAGGUCUUUGACGUGUAUACCGCGUUCUUUGAAAGGGCGUUUGGAUCCGAUCAUUCGAUUUACGAUUCAAUUUCACCUUUGGCCAUGAAGCUGGAUGAGAAAAACUGGCCAGAGGGGAAGCUGAUCGUCGUGUCUCAUAGUCCAGAUGAGGAAUUGGUCGAGCCGGAGCAAAGCGAUCUCAUGCGCGCUGAGCUACCACGCCAGGGCUGGCAGGUGAUCAUGGGCGAAGAGAGUCUGGAUAGUAAGCUUGAGCCUGGCAAGAGGGUGGUGAAUGUGGCGAGUAUCAAGGGUGCUCAUCGUUUUGUGUGGAAUGAUGGUCAGCAAACUGCUAGCUUGAUUAGCAGGGUAGUGAGGAAGCUGAAUUAG